GCAAUAAGUAUAUUUCACGAUGCAGCUUCUCCAUCUGUCUUCUAUCCUCCCGCUCCUUGCUCUCACUUCGGCGCUCACCAUCCCCCUCAACCGCCGUAGUGCUGGACCCAGUCAUCCCAACAGCUUUACCCACUCUGCCCCCCUGCUCUCCACCCAAUAUGGCACCGUCUUUGACAUUGACGUGACCAUUGCGACCAAUCAAACCUUUCGACUCCUCGUCGACACCGGCAGCAGUGAUACCUAUGUCAUGCGAGACCACUUCGCCUGCAUCAACGCCACAUCCAACCUGGUGAUCCCCCAGGCCGACUGCCUCUACGCCUCAUCCACCUACACCAUCUCCCCGACCUAUCAACAAAUCCCCAACGAGACCUUCGGCGUGAAAUAUGGCAACGGCCUCGCCAGCGGGGUCAUGGCCUACGAAAACAUCACCAUCGGUGGCGUCGACGUCCGCGCCAUCCUUGGCAUCGCCGAUGUUUCCAACCCCAUGGGCGACGGCUACAACAGCGGCGUGUUUGGACUGGGAUAUCCGUCCCUGACAUCCGCUCACCCCGGCAACUUCACUGCGAACACAUCCUACUGGACUAACCGGGCCGUUUACAACCCAGUGUUCAACACGAUGUACGCGCAGGGAUUAGUCGAGCCGUGGUUCAGCAUCGCGCUGGCACACACGCCCCCACAGGCUAGCGGGCCGGAAUUUGGAGGCUACCUGGGCCUGGGUGAGCUGCCGCCUGUGCCGCAUAGCGAAGAGUUCAGUGUUGCCCCUGUGGAAAUCAUGGAUAACAUCCCGCUGUGGUUCACCUCGGGUAAGAGGGCGCGGUCGUACUGGGCCCUGACCGUGGCCGGUACCCGGUAUGGGUAUGAGAACGCGUGUCCCAUGCAGGCCAACGAUACGGCAUUCCAGGCCUUCUUGGAUACAGGGAAUGAGUUUUCGUAUCUUCCUGCAGCGGUUGUAAACCCGGUGAAUGCGCUUUUCUCCCCGCCGGCUGUUUAUAAUAAGGACUUGGGUGUGUCACUGGUGGAUUGUGAUGCGCAGGCUCCUGCCUUUGGGGUCGUCAUUGGAAAUCAGACGUUCUAUCACCGCGGGAAGGAUCUGAUUUAUAACACUGGGGAGGGAUACUGCGCUUCCAUCUUGGUGGCCUCGGAGACGGUGGCGCUGGAUGGCAUGGUGUUGAAUAUCCUGGGGAUGUCGUUCAUGAAGAAUGUCGUGAGCGUGUUUGAUUUCGGGGCCAAUGAGAUGAGAUCGAAUAACGACCUAAGUGGAGAACACGAGAUGAAGUUCUACCCCACUCCAGAGGAGCAGAACGGGGGGGUCACGCACAUCGACGAUCAGCCAUGCGACCUCAAUUCCACCAAGCUAGCAGUGUCCGGGUCCGACUGGGGCGAGAUGCACCUAAAGGCUCUCCGGGUCGUUCUGCUAGACGGCUUGCCCAUGCCGCGCCUAUUCCCGUCGGAAUUCAUACCCGCAGAAACCCACGGUGCUCUGGAUCUCCUGAAACCCGAUGAGGAUUGCCUAAAAGAAUUCUCCGUCUGGGAAAGCCAGUUCAGAAAAAAUCCCUUUUGUGUCUUGUUUGGCCUUAUCGCAGAAGUAAUGGCUACUCGUCCUGCCAAUGUUCCAGGCACCCCGGGUUAUACACGGAACCCCAGUCCGGGGAGCGGUCUGUCGUCUUCCAGCAAUGAAGGCAAGCAGGAGGAGCCAUCAAGACAGAUGUUUACCCCCUUGCUGCGAAACCUCACGGGCUCCGGCUAUCCAUCGAUCCAGUACCAGGGACAGGCCUAUAGCCUGCAAAUGAACACGGAAAGUCGAGCGGUGUCUAUUUCGCUGGGCACUGAGACCAAAUGUUUAGCGUAUAAUGACGGCGGCAUUUAUCUAACUCGCCAAGGACACUAUACUGGCUCAGACCGAUAUGGGACUAUCCCACUGAUGUCACUGGAGGUACAUUUAUGGUUGCCAAACGUCGUCACGCCGGAAGUAUUCGCCGGUCAGCAGGGGAAGCAGAAAGGUAUUCGGCAGACAUCUUGGCUCAGGAAGUGGCCCCAAUUAUUGGGUCAGGCUAUGGAACAUGCUGCGCAGCUCGACGGCUGGAGAGACCAGGAAGCGUUUGUUCUUACCAUUCAUGGCACCCAUCUUAAGUUGGCAGCAGCGCAUUUCACUGCAGAAUGCCUUCGGCAUGCCAAUAGCCCGGUUAUGCCGGGGAGCGAGACACUGUGGGUGAGGCGUUCUGAGCCAUACGACUUGAAGUCUCAACGGGGCAGAGCUGGCGCUUUACAGUUGUGCAUUGGUGUUUAUGAACACCUUCGGAGUGGAAGGGCCGAGAUAGGUCUAUUGCAGAAGAUUUUCGAAUAA